UUCGGCGCGCCGCUCGGGGCGCGCUCGGUGGUCGUGUACGGCGGCGCGCCAAAGGUCGUGCAGGCGGGCCACCUCUCGCGCGGUGCCGACAUCGUGGUCGCUACCCCGGCCGCGGUCCCUCGUGCUUGGCGAGCGGACCGGAUGCGCGGACAGAAUAGAUCCAGCCACACCUGUGAGCAGGCGGACCGCAUGCUCGACAUGGGCUUCGAGAAGGACAUCCGCGCUCUGGUGGCUGCCAUCCCGGCUGUCGGUCGGCAGACGCUGCUCUUCACGGCGACGUGGCCGAAGGCGGUGCAGCGGGUGGCGGACCCUAGAAGCGGAGUACGGAUCUCUCUACUCCAACCAGCACUCCUGACCGCCAACCCAAGUGUGGAGCAGCGCGUGGCAGUGCUCGGUCACCCGCGAGACAAGUGGGAGGCGUUCCUGCAGCUGGUCGAGCCGUUCCGCAAGGGCGGCGGCGAGGCGGCGACGCGCGUGAUCGUCUUUUGCAACACCAAGAAGGACGUCAACGGCAUCGGCGAGCACCUCUACAACGACGGCUUUUCCGUCGACACUUGCUCGGGCGACCGCACGCAGCGCGAGCGCGAGCGCGUCAUCCAGUCCUUCCGCGACGGCGCCGUGACGAUGGUCAUCGCGACCGACGUCGCCGCGCGCGGGCUCGACAUCCAGGGCAUCGACCGCGUGAUCAACUACGACUACCCGCCCGGCGAGGGCGGCUCGGACGACUACAUCCACCGCAUCGGCCGCACCGGCCGCGCGGGCGCAAAGGGGCGCGCGGACACGCUCUUCACGCAC